UAUCUACCAGCCAGUACCAGAGAGAGUUUGAUCUCCAAUUCACAACAGAGCUCACCAUGCUCUUGUAUUGCGUGGUGUUGCCAUUUGACAACGACAAGGACAGCCUUCAAUCAGCCUUCGCUGGCUUGCUGGUGGACUGGUCUAAGUCCAAGAUCUUUAAGGUCUGAGUGCUCGUUUAUUUUUAUCGUGAGUUACAUCCAUUGACAUUACAAACAAACUUUUUAUUUUAUUUUAUACAUCUGCUGGUGUUCUGAAUACUAUACAGCAGUGGAGCCAGUGGAGAUUGUCGCGGAUGUCACCGGCAAAGUUUAAAGUAAAUAUCAAGGGAGUAGGGAGUGACAGAACAUUAUUAUUAAAACAACCAACGGCCUUUGUUUUUUUUAACUCAACGUGUUCAAUAGUUUUUUAAUUAUGAUAAUUAUUUUUAUUUAAAAAUUUAAUCAUUUUUAAAAAUAUAUGACCCCGGAAAGUUAAUAUCCAGAGUUAUUAAAAGAGUACACGAACGCAAGAUUGAAAGUAUGAUAGAGAAGUAAUACGACAUGAGUUUGUGAGAAAAAGAAAGAGAGACUUGAGUAAAGUAGCCUUCUCUUUGAUCCCAGUCAGUCUACAUCGAGCUACCAAGUAUUUAAAUAUAUAACAAGAUGAAAGCAAUCGAGCAGCAGCAGCCAAACUCAAUAGACUCAAGUGAUUCGGUGACAGGAAGUAGCGAGUACGCUUAUCGUCCUUUGACGACAAAACACCGACGUGCUGGUAGCACCGGAACCACAGGAGACGAAGAGUACACCACUGACGAGGAUGAAUUUUAUGGAGACGAGGCUGAUUGUGCUGGUACAUCUCUCCACCCUCCCCAUCCGAUUCUUAAAUCGGAUUUAGCUCGCGCUGCUACCGAUUUAUUCGGUUAUUCUUCAAAGCCUGAUAACAACGACGAUGACAACGAGCCUACUAGUUUAUUUGACGACGACGAUGGACAUCUCAGUCCAGAUAGUUCAUUUAAAAUGUCGCCCGUGUGCGGCAACAAUAAAAAUUUAAACUCCAACGCUUCUAUUAAUGAAAAAAAUAAUAUUGUAAGGACAUUAGAAGAUAUAAAUUCAAAGCAGCUCAAAAACGAGACUGAGUUGAUUGAAUUCCCACGACACGCAAGGCCUCUAGACUUGAGAAUGGAAAAUAACAAAAUUAUGCCUGGCUUGGAAAUUCCAGAAGCUAAAACUCAAGGACAUGCAGAAGAGUGUGUAAGUAACGUCGAUUUGAUGAGUUCGGUGGAUGAUCCUCCGUCUCCGACGACUUUGCAGUGGGAGAAAGCUGUCGCAGAAGUAAAAGAACACGCAAUUACUAAAUUACAAGAGGAACUUAAGAGGGCACAUGAAGAACUGAAGCUUAAAGAUGAAGAAGUCACGCGAUUGUCACGCUUCAGACAAGAUGUCGAGACUGAACUUGAAGAGCUCACGGCAAAUCUUUUCCAAGAAGCGCAUAAUAUGGUACGAGAAGCAAAUACUCGUCAGGCGACAGCAGAACGACUUUUAGAAGAAAGUCGUAUGAAGAAUGAAGUUCUGGCUGCUGAGGUGUCAGCACUAAAGACUUUGGUAUUGACGUCAACUCCAGCGCAACCGAAUCCUCACUUACAUCCGCAAAUUGACAUUCGCUCUAAAUCAUCGAGUGGCUCAGACGACUCGCAACUGGGACUAUUUACUAAAAAACAUCGACGGUCACCGUCGCACUUCAAUCUCAAGUAUGGAAGAGAAAAUUCUCCGCCUGAGUCGCCUGUUAAGGAACAAAAGACCUCGCUGCCGAUUGAAAUCCACUCGUCUGAAAAAGACAUCACCGAUCGCGACCCAAACAAGGAACUGCGCGAGCGAGAUCGGGACCGGGAUCGCGACAAGGACAAGGACAAAGAGACCAGAGAUUUUGGGAUUGAGAUAGAUCCUAUUUUACACUCCGAGUUUUUGAGGUGGAAGGAAAACCCCUGCAUCGAUAAAACUGAUAUGUUUGUCGCGAGAGUCUUCCGCGAAGAUAUCGACCUUUGUCUCAACUUUCCUAAUGAAGAACUUGGUAAUAAAGUACGACAGGCGGUUCUGGAUGGCAUAAUUUUCAUCGAGGCUAUCAGUGAUAAAACUAAACUUUCCUUUCCGAGGAAAUGCGCAUUGUUGGAAGUACCCAGGCAAUGUCUCUACCGGAUGCGAAUCGGCGAUCAAGAAAAUAAUUGGUACUCUAUUUCACAAAUUUGCCGCAAUAGAAUAAUUGCAGUUUGUGAAUUUUUAAAUUAUCUGAGAUACAUCGAACGCGGAUUAGUAAAAAGUGGAGUUCAUGACAUUUUUUGUGAAAUAACGAGAUUAAGAAAAGAAAUGGUAUUAGCACGACUCGGAAUAGCUCUCUCAUCUUAAACUCACUAAAUUUUUAUUUUUAUUUUAUUAAAUUAAGAAUAUCUAGUCUUCAGAUUCUCUGAGUUGUUAAAACCUAACUCUCUUUUAGAUAUCAUAUAUAUACACAUACAUUUUAUUUUCUUUAUUGUUUUAUACUCGGCGAUUUAUUAUUUUAUUUUAUGUUACUCUCAAGUCUUUGACAAAUAGCAUACGGCUUAUCGUCUUGAUACGGUACUAAAUAAAAAUUUUAGUGAAAUAUAUAUAAAUAUAUAUGUAUACAUUUAUAUAUGUAUAUAUAUGUGUAUUGUUUCAAUAUAAGGCUGUGAAUAAUCUCUAUACAUAAAAGUAUUUACCAUCCAAAAAAGUAUGUAAAUAUAAAAAAAAAUAUGUGGUCAUGUAUACGUCGAAAUGUUUUUAAAAAAUAUAUAAGCACGAUAUUAAUGGCAUGCGUAAAAUUAUAGUAACUGUCUAUGCACUGUAAAAAAUUUUUGGAGUGAACGCGGAUUAAAUUCCAAGUGAAUUUGGAGUGAAUGCGGAUUUAAAUAAAUUUCGUAACCAGAGUAAUUUUUUGUGAAACUCCGGGAGUCCGAGUGGCGGAGUGAAUUUGAAUUUCAAAAAUUCGUAAUCACUCCGAAUUCACUACCGACUUUUUAGUGUAAUACUGAAGCUGACGUCUAAUAAUUUUUGGAUUUUUUUUUAAACAAUAAAUUAUAAAAAAAAAAUAUUUAAAAAAAAAUGCACUUGUAGUUUUUAAAAUUUUUUACAUGUGCAAAUUUUUUUUGUAAUUGAUUUUUUGAAAAAUUAUUAAAUGUUUAACUUCGGGAUCAUAAUUUUUUAUGAUAGUGAAGUUAGCAGACGUCUAAUAAAUUUUGGAUUUUUAUUUAGACGAUAAACUGAAAAAAAAAAAUAUUUGAAAAAAUUGCACCUGUAGUUUUUAAAAUUUUCUAUCCGUGCAUAUUUUUAGUUUUCGUUUUUUUGUAAUUAAUUUGCUGAAAAAAAAAUCCAAAAAUUAUUAAAUGUUUAACUUCAGGAUCAUAAUUUUUUAUGAUAGUGAAGUUAGCAGACGUCUAAUAAAUUUUGGAUUUUUAUUUAGACGAUAAACUGAAAAAAAAAAAAUAUUUGAAAAAAUUGCACCUGUGGUUUUUUAAAUUUUCUAUAAGUGCAUAUUUUUAGUUUUAGUUUUUUUGUAAUUAAUUUGCUGAAAAAAAAAUCCGAAAAUUAUUAAAUGUUUAACUUCAGGAUCAUAAUUUUUUAUGAUAGUGAAGUUAGCAGACGUCUAAUAAAUUUUUGAUUUUUAUUUAGACGAUAAACUGGAAAAAAAAUAUUUAAAAAAAUGCACCUGUAGUUUUUUUAAUUUUCUAUCCGUGCAUAUUUUUAGUUUUCGUUUUUUUGUAAUUAAUUUGCUGAAAAAAAAAUCCGAAAAUUAUUAAAUGUUUAACUUCAGGAUCAUAAUUUUUUAUGAUAGUGAAGUUAGCAGACGUCUAAUAAAUUUUGGAUUUUUAUUUAGACGAUAAACUGAAAAAAAAAAUAUUUGAAAAAAUUGCACCUGUGGUUUUAUAAAUUUUCUGUCCGUGUAUAUUUUUAAUUUUCAUUUUUUUGUAAUUAAUUUGUUGAAAAAAAAAUCCGAAAAUUACAAGUUGUCUGCUAACUUCGAUUAUAAUUUUUUUGUAUAUAAAAUUAACAUAAACAUCAGAUAUUCAAAUGUUAAAAAUAAUUUUAAAUUAUCAAUAAGUUUAUAAAAAAUAAUUUUUAGAGUAUUAAUUUAUAUUAAUCAACGAACUGUUGUCAUUAAAGUCAUUUUUUUCGGCUUAUUAAUUUUUGUAGUGAACUUUGAAAUUAAAUUUUUUUAAUUUAGAAUUUUACAAUCAAAUUACUAGGAGUAAAAAAUUUAAUAAUUUUUUUUUACAGACAUUGAGACAUCGAAAACAAAUAAAACAUUUAAUUGUUCAGUAAAUAAUAACAGUAGUAAUUUAGUUGAUAAAAAUAAUGAAAAAUUUUUAUAGAAUCUCACUGCUCUACUUUGUCUUCCACAGCAGCGGACUUUUAAAUAAAAAAAAAAAUAUUAUAAUAAAAUAGAUAAGCUUUUUGAUUUAUACAAAGAUUAAAACAUAGUUGCCAAAUGAAUUAUAUUGUUUUUAUUAUUAAUUAUUAUUAUAAAUUUAAAAAUAUAUAGUUAACAUCCUUUUAAUAUUGUAACUCUAAAACAAAUGUAAAUAUAUCUUAAUUAUAUUUAAUAAAUAUAAAUCAUUUAAAUAUA